GAUUUUUGAAAAACUGACCUGGCACCCUUGUCUCACGCCCGGGACUCCCGGAACGCCCGACGCUGAUGUAAAUAAACAUUAAUUUUAACCUAAGACCUUCAACGAAAUAGCAAAAUUGGAUCGAGAUGCUUCUGUUUGGGUUAUUUUCGAAAAAAUUUAAAGUGGACUUAUAUUUAAAUAUUAAAUAGUGGCAGUUACUGGAUAGGUUUGUUAAACAGUACUCAUUAAAAUAUUAAAAAUAUAAUUCAAUGCCUCCUGUUUCAAGUGAUAGGCAGGCUGCGAAGUCCACGAAAAAUGCAGUGGCGUUCUACGAACACGAAGAAACCGAGGCACGAAUUUCUCCAGAAAGAACAAGUAGUACAAAUCCCGAAUCAACGAUGAGAUGCACUCUGUGCUUGCGUGUUGCCCUAGAGAAUGAUUUUUUAUCAAUUUCAAAAGAUUUACAGCAAACGAGCGAUUCCGACAUACAAAAUAAGCUUGAUAGAUUGACGAACUUUCUGUCUUUCUUGUCAGAAUCCGUGAGAAUUUAUAAUAUUUGCCGAACCUGUUUGAUGCUUAUAGAAAUGAUUAACGAUUUCAAACAGUGCUGCUGUUGGGCUGAAAGCUGGGCUAAGCAGCAUUCUGAGGAACACUCAUUUCAAAAGGAUACCGAUGAUUGGUGGUCUAGUUCUACUACUGAUAAAAUAAAACAUAUUCAUAGUGCGAUUCAGGAACGUGCCGAAUUCAUCGAAAUGGAGGAAAAAAAUCGCAAUAGUCAAAUAACGGAUGAAACACCUGCAUCGUAUGCCUCACUUAUUAAACUUGAGAUUGAUUUCGAUGUAGAAAGAAUGGAUCAUGAUGGAACGGAUAAUAAAAAACUAGAUAAGUGCGAAGGAGAAAGUGAUACUGAAAAUGAGAGUGAUAUCCAGUUUCAGUCUGACACGCAUGAAGUAGAAAUUUUUAAUAAAGUGGACAUAGAAAUAAUAACUUGUAAAACGUGUCAUAGAAGAUUCGACACAAAAAGCGGUUACUCAAUUCACGUUCAGUAUUGUAGCGAUAAAAAACCUAACAAAGCAAUUCACACAUGUUCUAUUUGUUCAGCAACAUUCGUCAAUCGCCGUUAUUUGGAAGAUCACACAAAUAAACAUCGCGGUAUCAAGCCAUACGAGUGUCAAAAUAAAUGUGGACUCAGUUUCUAUGGUGCUCAGGCCAAAAAGUCACACGAAAAACAUUGUGGCAUAGACAAACUGGUCUGUUCAUAUUGCGGCACUCAGCUAAGUUCUGAAGUGGUUCUUCAGGAGCAUGUAUCGUCAGUACAUGGCGAGGCGAAAUUUUGUUGUAAAGCCUGCGGACGAAUGUUUAAAUCGAAGAAAUGUUUUAAAAAACACAUGCUAGUUCAUUCUGAUGUGCGAAAUUACGUUUGUGAGAUAUGUCAAAAGGCCUUCAAAUCAUCCUAUGCCCGCUGGGUGCACCUCAGAAUACACACCCAAGAAAAGCCUUUUGCGUGUAAUAUUUGCGAGGAAAAGUUUACUUACAACUGUUCUCUGAAGACGCACGUUAAACGGGCUCAUGGAUUGUCAAAGAAAACGGCUUCGAAAACGUAAAACCAAACCAAAGAGAUCAAAACGAAUCAUACCACUAGAACAAGAACUUCCCUCGGGAUAGAUUGAGAAGGCAUUAUGUGAACAGCGUAUUUUUCGUUUCAAUUUUAGUAUAGAGAAAAUCUUUUCCAUUGCUGCACAAAAGGGACUUAAACUUCAACAAAAAACUUUUAUCUAGGAAACUUCAAGUUAACUGCAGAAGCAAUCUUUCGCAGUAGCAGUAACAGAUUCUCUUGAAUCUCGGUUUAUUUUUAAAUAGGUUAAGGUUUAAAAUUGUCGUUCAAAGCUGCGCACCAAAAAUAUUGUAAUUUAGUUUGACUUUUCGAUUGAUAUUAGAAAAAUAUAAUUUGGAAUACUA